AAGCUUCUCGAACGCAUUCGCCCGCGAGAGUCGUUUAUAACCUGCCACCUCGCGGCCCCAUUGCCUCACUUGUGUCUCUCUCUCCCUCUCUCUCCUCUCUCUCACAGCGCGAGACGAUCGAAUCCGGCCGAGUCUCUCUGCGUUACAGGUAGUGAGCUUUAAGUUUUGGUGCCAAUGAGGGGGAGAAGUUAUAGCUACAGUCCAUCUCCACCAAGGAGUUAUAGCAGGAGGCACCGAAGCCCUAGUCCUAGGGAUCGGUAUGGCAGUCGCGGCAAGGACCUUCCUACUAGCCUUCUGGUUCGCAACCUCCAUCGUGACUGCAGGGCUGAAGAUCUACGUGGUCCAUUUGGCCAGUUUGGUCCUCUCAAGGACAUUUAUUUGCCUCGUGAUUACUAUACAGGGGAGCCCCGUGGUUUUGGCUUUGUUCAGUAUGUGUAUCCAGAAGAUGCUGCAGAUGCUAAACGUUACAUGGAUGGGGAAGUGCUGCUUGGCCGUGAAAUGAGAGUGAUUUUUGCUGAGGAAAAUAGGAAGAAGCCUUCAGAAAUGAGAGUGAGAGAACGCUUCAGGGGUCGUUCAUAUGAUAGGAGACGUUCGCCCCAGGGUUAUUCUCGAUCUCCAUCAUAUGCACGCACUUACUCACAGGAUGCAUACUAUAACUCACCUUCUCCCAGGAGUCGCCGUUACUCAAGGUCAGUAUCGCCAAGAGCUCGAAGUUAUCGCUCAAGGAGUCGCAGCAGGAGAGCAGGAGCUGUAGUCUUGACUAUUAGGUAAUUAAGUAGUGCAAGACCUAUUAAACAAAUGCCAGCAGAGACAGCGUAAUGUAGUGGUUGAGGUCUGCACCAUGUUAAAACUUUUCUUGUUUCGUAGGAUCAUGUUAAAGUCUUUCAACUUUAGUGUUGUUUGCUUAAUAUUAUUGUUACAUGGA